AUGUCAUCAAUAAACACAAAUACGAAUUCCAAGUUUAAUUUUAACACUGACUGCUUAAAACUUACUCCCGAAAAAUUAGUAGAGUGGAGUAACAAAUCAAAUCAAACAACUGAUAACGAUUCUUCUUUAUUACAACCUUUUAAAAAGAAAAUAUUAACCAAUGAACCACGACACUUGUCCAUAAAAAAAGGUCAUAAAACACCCCAAAAUUCAAAAAUCGAUUCUGAUAGCGAUUCUGAUGACCAUGAUCAUGAUACAUUUAGUAACGAUGUUAUAAAUGCCAGUAAUGAAGAAAAAUCUAAUUCAGAAAUGAUAAAUAACCAAAUCGAUAGUGGUCCAGAUGUUCUUUCAAACAAUGAUGAUAUAUUUGAAGGAUUUGGUAAUGAACUCAAUAAUGGCGACAGCGGUGGUGAUAAUGGAUCAGAGAUUCAAAUGUUUCACGGCGAUGAUGAUUCUAGCGAUUUGAACCAUUAUUUUCUUGAAGAGUCAAAUGAAGAUUCUGCUACUACUGCAACAUUUAAUUUGGUUGGAAAUGGAGAAACAAUUGAUGAUGAUGAUGAAACUAUAUUAAAUAUACAACAAGAUAAUGUUGAUGAUAAUCAAGCCCAUUCGAAUAAUAUUGCUUCCGGGAAAUCAGAAGAGAUGAAAAAUAUCUUAAGGAACAUUGAAAAAUCUACUCAAAAAAUUCAAAAUCAACAAUUUAAGUCAAAUCAAGAAAUUCAUUAUAUUGAACGAUCUUUAGAAUCUUUUGAGAACGAACUAAAUUCUACAUAUGGUGAUUAA